CAGCCACCCGGGCAGCAGAAAAUCCAUUCCUCGCUGCCGAAGAAUUAACAGGAUGCUCUCCAAUGAAUCCCUACACUCUCUUGCGUUCAGCCGCACCAACUCACAAGCCUCCGUGGACAGCGCCUCCAUGGACAGCGCCUCCAUGGAGGAUUUCUGGCGGGAAAUAGAAAGUAUUAAAGAGAACAGCAUGGGAGGGCAGGAAGAGCCGGCGCCAGCUGAGGUCAAGCCUGUGGAUGAAGGAGAACUUGAAGCAGAGUGGUUGCAAGAUGUGGGUUUAUCAACCCUGAUCUCAGGUGAUGAAGAGGAGGAUGGCAAAGCCUUGCUCUCCACAUUGACUCGAACCCAAGCAGCUGCGGUGAAAAAGAGAUAUAAUACUUACACUCAAACCAUGAGAAAAAAGAACAAGCAGUCUGUCCGGGAUGUCAGAGACAUCUUUGGAGUCAGCGAAUCUCCUCCAGAUGCUGCUUCUCUCAACAGUACUACCUUGUCAGAUGGGUCCCAGGAUGAAGAAGGGAAGUUUGCACUUCCCAGGAGUGGCUCUGUGUCUAUCCUCGAGACUAUUCCAGAUAUACCAGUUCAUUCCAAUGGAUCGGCCAGCCCUGGACAGUCAGUUCAGAAUUCCGUGAGUGAUGAUGAUUAUCGGGUAAAGAACAUUCCACCUGAAGCUGAAGAGCUGUCCUUUGAAGUAUCUUACUCAGAAAUGGUUACAGAGGCUCCAAAAAGAAAUAAAUGUAAGAAGUCAGAUUUUAAGAAAGAAGACUAUGUUUUUACUAAAUUUAUUGUUCAGAAAACCAGAUUUGGCUUAACUGAAGCAGGAGAUCUGUCUGCUGAAGACAUGAAGAAAAUCCGCCACCUCUCUCUGAUUGAAUUGACAGCCUUUUUUGAUGCCUUUGGAAUUCCACUGAAGAGAAACAAAACAGAGAAAGUAAAAGGAAGAGACAAUGGGAUUUUUGGAGUUCCACUUACAGUCCUGCUGGAGAGUGACCGGAAGAAGGACCCUGGAGUGAAAGUGCCCCUUGUGUUACAAAAAUUUUUUGAGAAGGUUGAGGAAUCGGGUUUGGAAUCUGAAGGAAUUUUUCGACUUUCAGGAUGUACUGCCAAAGUCAAGCAAUACCGUGAAGAACUGGAUGCCAAGUUUAAUACUGACAAAUUUAAAUGGGACAAAAUGUGCCAUAGAGAAGCGGCAGUGAUGUUGAAAGCCUUUUUCAGAGAAUUACCCACUUCUCUCUUCCCUGUGGAAUAUAUACCUGCCUUCAUCACUCUAAUGGAAAGAGGGCCUCACAUCAAAGUCCAGUUUCAAGCCUUACACCUCAUGGUCAUGGCACUGCCUGAUGCCAACAGGGACACCGCUCAGGCCCUCAUGACAUUCUUCAAUAAAGUGAUUGCCAAUGAAUCAAAGAACCGAAUGAGCAUAUGGAACAUUUCUACCAUAAUGGCACCAAACCUUUUCUUCAGCAGAAGCAAGCAUUCUGACUAUGAAGAAUUACGCUUAGCAAACACUGCAGCCCACAUCAUCCGCCUAAUGCUUAACUACCAGAAAAUUCUGUGGAAGGUCCCAUCUUUCUUAAUCAAUCAAGUCCGAAGAAUGAAUGAAGCCACCAUGUUGUUAAAGAAGCAGCUCCCAAGUGUCAGAAAAUUGCUAAGGAGGAAGACCAUAGAACGAGAGGUUACAAGCCCCAAGACUUCAAAGGUACUACAAAAAUCACCCUCUUUAAGAAGAAUGUCUGAUGUGCCAGAAGGAGUCAUAAGAGUCCAUGCUCCACGUCUCUCGAAGGUUUCCAUGGCCAUUCAGCUCAGUAGUCAAACCAAAGCCAAAGACAUACUGGCAAAAUUUCAAUAUGAGAACAGUCAUGGUUCUUCAGAAUGCAUUAAAAUUCAGAACCAAAGGUUAUAUGAAAUUGGAGGAAAUAUAGGACAGCAUUGCUUGGAUCCAGAUGCUUACAUAUUGGAUGUAUAUCAUGUAAAUCCUCAAGCAGAAUGGGUCAUUAAACCCCAAUCAAGUUUUUGAAAUACCCUCAAGAUGGCAGCUAUUAUGUUUAAUAUGCCAAGAAAAUUCUACAUUAAGUAGGGGGCGAAAAGGCUGCUUUUGACAUGUUUGUUCCUAUAAACCUCGUGGUGUUUCUCAGCUCAAGCGGUGUCUCCCAGCAUCGUCAGCAUGAACUAUGGAAGAGGAUAUGGUUAAUCAUUUGAACUAAAGCUUUCUCAUGACAGUUCCUUGAUAAGAGUGAAAGAAAGAGGUCAUGAUCCUUCUGAAGAGAGACCAAUCGAGAACAGGAAUUCUGAUCAUUUCUCGUACGUUGGCUACAGCAGAAAUGAACUUGAUCCUUAACUAGGGAUAAGAAACACUUCUCUAUGUAGCAAAUGCUACCAAACACAAGAGGUGGAAAAAAGACUUUUUUGUACUUAUGCUAUAUAUACAUAUAUUGUCCUGUGUAAGCAAGAAUGCCAGAAAUAUCAGUAACUUCCACUCUAUAAAAUAAUUCAGCUCUACUUUCUAGUGGAAUCAGUUUCUAAAGUUACACGUACACUAUUUAUGCUCUGACUUUCUCCUGAAUUGAAGGAGAAACUUCUGUUUAAAGACACUGUACUAUUAUGUACGUUGUACUGUAUCAUGGUAAUCAGCAUUCUGGUGCAAAUGAACAUGUCUUUUUCUUGGACUGGUGAAAAUUUACAGUUAUAAAGCUUAUUCCCUUAUGAGCACAGGGCUGCCUAGGCAAGCUUAGUUUGACAAAGGGUAUUCUUAUGUUUUCAUAACCUUCUGUGUAGUCCAAAGUCACAGAGCCUCUAUUUUUCUCAUCAUGAUUAUGGUGCUCAAUGAAUAGCUUUCCAUGUGCCGGGCAUUGAUUUCCUUUUCUGACCAAACAUAUCACUUUUUAUAUUUUACAACUGUAGAUAGUCACUUCUGCAACCCCAGUUUAAAAAUACAGAACUGCCUCUAUCCACGAGUGCUUAAAAAUACCGUUACAUUCAGAUUCUGCGUGCUGUAAAAGCAGGUUUUGUUUCUGUUCAUCAAUCAUAGUCAUGGCCAAGCACUGGGGAUUAGCAUCAGGUUUUAAAAUCAGAUGCAUAUUUUGUAAGCGGAAAACUGUCUCGCUAUCAAGAUCCUGUGGAGCCAUUUUCAGACCUGAAAUUGAUAAGAACACACAGUCACCAUGAUUGUAAUUGAAAGCAAAUCUAAAAUAUGCAGAAGGGCCAGACAGCUCUGCCUUUCAUCUUGAGAACGCAGAUAUAGUCCUUCUGGGGUGAGCUAGAAAUGGGGCCGCCGUCUCAUUUAUCCCACAUGCUUUGGAUUAGAAUCCACAGAUUGGUAUUUUGUUGACUUUAUAUCAGUUUUAAUGAGCUUUGACACUCAAGCGACUCUCUUGCAGUUCAAACAAGAGACAAAAUUGCUCACAAUCGCAGAAAACAUAUCUGCUUACCAAGUCUCAAAACAUGCGAUAAUUAAAGACCACAUAUACAAGAAAUUUUUAUAUGCUGCAUUAUGCCUUGAUGUCUAUAAAAACAUUACUUAUAUUCAACAUGUUGAUAAUUCCGUUUCUGGUCAUUAAGAUUUUGCUAUAUUUUUGUAGAAAACUCAAAUAUCUAUUCAUUUUAUUUGUUUGAGAAUCUCAUUUCCUUUUCCUGAAAACGCAUUAGGAAAGAAACAUGUUCUGUAAGUUUAGACUUACAUUUCAUUAGCUUUCAGUAUGUGGGUAAUUGAUGACAUAUGAGUUUACAUAAUGAAUUUCAAAAGUCUGAAAAAAUGCUUUUAUCAUUUUUGCAAUUUAAACAACAGGAAUAAACAUUUCACUUUAUGUUGUUACUAAGUUCCAAGACAUAAGAUGGCAGUAAUAUAUGCCUACACACAUGGAAGAAACUCUUCAAAUUAACUACCUUACACUUCUA